GCCCACUGUAACAAGAAAGCUUGUGUGCUGGAUCUCAGGAAAGAAACACAGAAGGGAGAGCCAGGGUAGACAAGGGGCUCCUUCUUAGGGGCUUUUUCUUCCUAGGUCAGCAAAGAUAGUGUUCCAUGUAACAUGAGACGGGCAGAUUUAAGUUGUGACUUGCAAAUGGCAAUGCUCUGGUAAUCAGAAGAAAAGGACAUGGUUGAAAGAAUAUAGUGUUCUAGCCCCAAGGGGAGAGAAGGAAUCACCACCUAAACGUGGAUCUCUAAAAGAGAGGCAAAACAUGAAAUCAAAGGAACUCAGUUCUUCCAACAGCUCAGCACUCCUGGAACAAGGCUCCAUCUCAGCAAGUCUUUAGAACCCAAACCCAGUAAAAACAACGCACCAGCCAUGUCUCAUUGACAGGUGUCUAAACUUUUUUUUAACAACCACCAACUAUUUUCUACCAUGCUAAUCCUCAACCAUUCCAGCUUCGUGACCUUCACGCUGAUGGGCAUACCUGGCUUAGAGUCACAGCACUUGUGGUUAUCUGUUCCUUUCUUCUCCAUGUUUUUGACUAUCCUCAUUGGCAAUGGUUCUAUCCUUUUCCUGGUGGCCACAGAGCCCACACUUCAUUCACAAAUGUACCUGCUUCUGGCCCUACUGAUGGUGGCUGACCUCAUAUCCACUCUGGCUAUGGUGCCCAAGCUCCUCUGCCUCUUCUGGUUCAAUGAUGGGGACAUAGCUGCCAAUGCCUGUUUCACUCAGAUGUUUUUCAUCCAUGGAUCAUCUGUGACACGAUCAGCCCUCCUUGUUUCAAUGGCUUUCAACCGCUUUGUUGCCAUAUGUGAGCCCUUACGCUACAACAUAAUUCUGAGCCAUUCUUUAAUUGGACGCCUGGGACUGCUGGCUCUUGCCAAGGGUGUGAUCCUUGUCUUGCCCAUGCCUCUUCUACUUCAAAGUUUAACCUUCUGCCACAUGGCCAUUCCUCAUACCUACUGUGAUCACAUGGCUGUGGUGAAGAUGGCCUGUAACCACACCAGGCCCAAUUACAUCUAUGGGCUCUUUGUGAUCCUGCUUGUUGUGGGACUUGAUCUGCUACUCAUUGGCUUCUCUUACGUCCUUAUCCUUCAGGCUGUAGUACGCCUCAGCUCUCGAGAUGCCACCUGCAAAGCCCUCAACACCUGCUCAGCACACCUCUUUGUCAUCCUUGCCACUUAUGUGCCUGCACUCUUUUCCUCUAUUACCCACCGCAUCGGUCACAAUAUCCCACCUCAUACACAUGUUCUCCUUGCCAAUCUCUACCUUCUCCUGCCCUCAAUGCUUAACCCCAUCAUCUAUGGUAUAAAAAUGAAGGAAAUACGGGGCAAGGUGACCAAAUGCCUGUGCAGAGGAAUUGCACAGAAUGUGAGUCCCAGCAAUAAACCUGCAAGUAAAUGAAUAAUAAGGUUAAUUGAUAAUGCUUUUGCUCAACCAUCCAAUACCCAGUUGCAUCUCUGUAUCAGUUGUGGAAAAAAUAAACCAUGAAUAAGUGA